AUGCCUUCCUUCGCUUACCUUACUGCGGCUCUUGCCCUGACCAGCGCUGUUGCUGCCACUCCCGUCCAGAAGCGUGACCGCUUCUCCGUCGAGCAGGUCAAGCACACCGUUCACCUAAAAAACGGUCCCGCUCAGGUCGCAAAGACUCUCCGCAAGUACGGCAAGGUUGUGCCUCAGCACAUCCAGACUGCUGCCGAAAUACGUGCCAAUACCGCUGCUGCUGCCGUCACGGGAUCUGAGCCCGCUAAUCCCAGCGACGACACCGACACUUCAUACCUCAGCCCGGUCACCAUUGGCACCACCACUGUCAACCUUGACUUCGACACUGGAUCUGCUGAUCUCUGGGUCUUCUCCAGCCUCCAGUCCUCCUCGCAGCUUGCUGGCCACGACUUCUACAAGGUCGACUCCUCAAAGCUCAAGAGCGGCUACAGCUGGAAGAUCAGCUACGGCGAUGGCUCCGGCGCAUCUGGCAAGGUCUACGCUGAUAAGGUCACUGUUGGUGGUGUGACUGCCACCUCCCAGGCCGUCGAGGCUGCCACCUCCGUCUCCGCCCAGUUCUCCCAGGACCAGGACACCGACGGUCUUCUCGGUCUCGCUUUCAGCACCAUCAACACCGUCUCGCCCACGUCCCAGACCACCUUCUUCGACACCGUCAAGAGCUCCCUUGCUAAGCAGCUCUUCUCCGUCAACCUCAAGUACCAUGCCGCCGGUACCUACGACUUCGGCUUCAUCGACUCCACCAAGUACACUGGCGCCAUCACCUACGUCGACGUUGACAGCAGCAACGGCUUCUGGGGUUUCUCUGCCUCCGGAUACAAGAUCGGCACUUCCACAGCCGUUAGCCGCAGCAUCGACGGCAUCGUCGACACCGGCACAACCCUGAUCUACGUCGACACUGCCAUCGUAAAUGCCUACUACGCCAAGGUCAGCGGCGCCACAAACGACAGCACCCAGGGCGGCUUUGUGUUCCCGUGCAGUGCCACGCUCCCCAACUUCGCCAUCACCGUCGGUGGCGUCCUCCAGACCGUUCCCGGCAAGUUCAUCAACUACUCUCCUGUCUCUUCCGGCUCCAGCACCUGCUUCGGCGGUAUCCAGGACAACUCCGACAUCGGUUUCAACAUCUUCGGUGACAUUUUCCUCAAGAGCAAAUACGUUAUCCACGACGUUUCCACCGGUAGCCCGCGCCUCGGUUUCGCGCAGCAGGCUGGUGUCUCCUCCUAA